AUGAUAGCACCAGACUCACAAAGAUUAUUUGGUUCCUUUAAUGAACAGUUUAAGGACCUAAAACUCGAUUCUAUGGAUACAGAAAAGAACAGCACUAACAGAACUUCCACCGGCGUGGACUCCUCCCAACCCGGUGUUAAUAACAAUACAAAUGGUGCUGUUGCUGCGGGCAUGAAUACUGCUCCUGGAUCUACGUUUAGGUCGAAUACACCUCUUUUAGGAGGUCGACAUCCACUUAGUAGGACUUCUUCCUUGAUUGAUUCUAUUGGUAUACAGCGUGCGGCGUCACCCUUCACUUCCGUCAAAGAACCCUUCAUUCCUCAAAGCUCAGGAGUAAUGGGUUCCUCAUUCUGGCACGGCGACCAUCCUGAAUCGCGGGUUAGUACACCUGUUCAGCAGCAUCCACUAUUGCAGAGAAACGACUCUUCCUCGUCCUUUAGUUAUGCUGCUAAUCUUGGAAUGAAUCUGAGUACACAUUCAUUGGCUGUUGAUAUUACUCCAUUGGGAACACCAACUGCUGCUCAAUCUCAUGUCAACUUAUUCCCGUCAUCUGAUAUUCCUCCAACCGCGAGCAUUAGUGGAAUCACACAGCUGUCCACACCAGUUUCAGUUGAAUCCAGCUGGAGAUACAUAGACACUCAGGGACAGAUACAUGGUCCGUUCACCACCCAGUUGAUGUCGCAAUGGUACAUAGGUGGUUAUUUUGCUUCAACUCUUCAAAUUUCAAGAUUGGGCAACACUCCGGAAACGCUAGGAAUAAACGAUAUUUUCAUCACCCUUGGCGAAUUAAUGACAAAGCUCCAAAAGUAUGACACGGAUCCAUUCACUACUUUCGACAAAAUGCACGUUCAACCAAGCAAUACUGACUCUAUCAACCUAGCCUUAGCCCCAUACACAAGCGAUACUGCCACAAUUACCACUGACGCUAUUAAAGCUGCCGAAAACGAUAUUUUCAAGCCAUUGACACAUGAGAAUAUCUGGGAUAUGGAUGGAGGUACUAUCCCCAAGGGAGUUGACAUUAAAUUAGGCUCAGUUACCGCCAUUGGUCAAAAAAAUGAAACGUUCAAACCAGACAAGUCUACUUCUAUUCCGGAGAAAGGUAAAAAGGAAAAAUCUGAGUCCGUAGCAAAAGCAUUGGAAGAACAAGAAAAACGGAGCGAAGAACUUAAAAGGAAGGAAGAAACUCGCUUAUUAAAAAAACAGAAGCAAAAAGAAGAUGAGUUAUUGAAAAGACAAAAGGAACAAAAGGAAUUAUUGAAAAAACAGAAAGAAAAAGAAGCAUUGGAAGCAAAAAAGCAAAAAAAAUCUGAAAAGACCGAAAGAGACACGCAAACACAUACAGAAGACUUCAAGACAUCAAAGGAUUUGUCUUCAUUGAAUUCCUCGAGCGCAAAGUCAAUACCAUGGUCUUCCAAGGUCAUAGUUAAUACUGCCGUCGACACCUCAAUCAAAAAUGACGUAACUAGCACUGAAAAGAAUAAGGGAGAAAUCUUAGGUCUACAGCAGAGGAAUAGCAAAGAAGAAAAGCAAAAGCAGGAACUGAAGUCCGUGCUUAACUGGGCUAACAAGUCCAACCCACUACCAGAUCAAACUAUUGAUAUCAAAUCUCAGUUUCAAAAAAACCCAAAGGAUGUGAAAGAGUCACCUUCAUUGAAGGAGUUGAAGGACCCCAAUUUUAUAGAAGAGCAGAAGAAAUUAUGGGAAAAGGUUCAGAGCUCUUCCAGACAAAUAAAGUCCACAACUUGGACUACGGUGACUUCUAAAGCGAAAACGCCUAUUGGCACCGUUGUGUCUCCAUAUUCAAAAGCCAAUACUGGUUCAAACUCUUCAACAACGAUGACAACUACUAUAACUUCUACUACCACUACAUUUGCCAGUAUGAAUAAUGUUUCUCCCCGUCAGGAGUUUAUCAAAUGGUGUAAAUCACAAAUGAAAUUAAAUUCUGGAAUAACAAAUAAUAAUGUCUUAGAACUAUUAUUGAGUUUACCUACGGGACCAGAAUCCAAAGAGUUGAUUCAAGAAACAAUUUACGCAAAUAGUGACGUUAUGGAUGGUAGGAGAUUUGCUACUGAAUUUAUCAAGAGACGUGCUGAAUGCGAAAAACAAGGUGGUGAUCCGUUAAGUUGGAAUGAAGCGUUAGCUCUUUCAGGCAACGAUGAUGACGACUGGGAAUUUCAAGUAGUUAGCAAGAAGAAGGGUAGGAAACACUGA